GAGAGGAGAGAGAGGGAGAGGAGGGGGGUGAAGGAAAAAAACCGACUGGGUAGGUCGGUCUUUGUUUCUGGCUAGGAGGAAAAACCAAGAGACGUUGCAACCGGCGAGGAUUCAAUCAUCAGCGUUCACCGCCCGUGGGAACUUUCUGCUGCCACACAUUCCCAGUCUCCCCUGAGAGAUGUCCACUCCUGACCCCCCGAUGGGAGGGACACCUCGGCCCGGACCCUCCCCGGGCCCGGGGCCAUCUCCAGGAGGCAUGAUGGGCCCGAGCCCCGGCCCCUCUCCGGGCUCGGCCCACAGCAUGAUGGGGCCCAGCCCGGGACCUCCUGGAUCCGGACACCCCCAUCCUCCACAGGGGCCCUCAGGAUAUCCUCAGGACAACAUGCACCAGAUGCACAAACCCAUGGAAGCCAUGCAUGACAAGGGAAUGCCCGAUGACCCCCGCUACCCCCAGAUGAAGGGCAUGGGCAUGAGACCAGGGGGCCACAGUGGGAUGGGACCCCCUCCAAGCCCGAUGGACCAACAUUCCCAAGGUUACCCCUCUCCAUUGGGCGGCUCGGAGCACGCACCCAGCCCCGUUCCAGCCAACGGCCCCCCCUCUGGCCCCAUGAUGCCUGGAGGUCCACCUGGUCCCGGAGCAGGCCCUAUGGAGGGCAGCGGGGACCCCAAUCAGGGAAUGGGUCAGCCUAACCGCGGGGGCCCUCAGGGUCCGGGUGGACCCGGUGGUGCAGGAGGUGGACCAGGCGGUGCAGGCGGACCCGCUCCCUUCAACCAGAACCAGCUGCACCAGCUCCGGGCUCAGAUCAUGGCCUACAAGAUGCUGGCUCGCAGUCAGCCGCUGCCGGAGCACCUGCAGAUGGCCGUGCAGGGGAAGAGGCCCAUGCCGGGGAUGCAGCAGCAGCCGAUGCCCAACAUGCCGCCUUCCACAGGACCUGGAGGUGGACCUGGAGCUGGUCCUGGACCGGCUCAGGCCAACUACAACAGACCGCACGGUAUGGUCGGUCCCAACAUGGCCCCCCCUGGACCUGCAGGAGUUCCUCCAGGUAUGCAAGGCCAGCCGACCAACGGACCCCCGAAAUCAUGGCCUGAAGGACCAAUGGUGAACGCUGCCGCCCCCUCUAACCCUCCUCAGAAGCUGAUUCCUCCUCAGCCCACCGGCAGACCGUCUCCCGCUCCUCCCUCUGUCCCCCCCGCUGCUUCCCCAGUGAUGCCCCCUCAGACCCAGUCUCCGGGACAGCCUGCCCAGCCCCCUCCCAUGAUGCUUCACCAGAAACAGAACCGCAUAACCCCGAUCCAGAAGCCCCGCGGGCUGGACCCAGUGGAGAUCCUCCAGGAGAGAGAGUACAGGCUACAGGCUCGUAUUGCUCACCGUAUCCAGGAACUGGAGAACCUGCCCGGCUCUUUAGCCGGCGACCUGCGGACCAAAGCCACCAUCGAGCUCAAGGCUCUGAGGCUGCUCAACUUCCAGAGACAGCUGCGUCAGGAGGUGGUGGUUUGCAUGCGACGCGACACAGCUUUGGAAACGGCCCUCAACGCGAAGGCGUACAAGCGCAGCAAACGUCAGUCUCUACGUGAAGCACGCAUCACCGAGAAGCUGGAGAAGCAGCAGAAGAUCGAACAGGAGCGGAAACGUCGCCAGAAACACCAGGAAUACCUCAACAGCAUCCUGCAGCACGCCAAGGACUUCAAGGAGUACCACCGCUCCAUCACAGCGAAGAUCCAGAAGGCCACCAAAGCUGUCGCCACCUACCACGCCAACACGGAGCGCGAGCAGAAGAAGGAGAACGAGCGCAUUGAGAAGGAGCGAAUGCGGAGGCUGAUGGCUGAAGAUGAAGAAGGCUACCGAAAACUCAUCGACCAAAAGAAAGACAAGCGUCUGGCGUACCUGCUGCAGCAGACGGACGAGUACGUGGCCAACCUCACGGAGCUGGUGCGCGCCCACAAAGCCGUGCAAGCUCUCAAAGAGAAGAAGAAGAAGAAGAAAAAGAAGAAGCCAGAGGCUGGGGGAGGCGCUCCUACGCUGGGACCCGAUGGAGAGCCUUUAGAUGAGACCAGUCAGAUGAGCGACCUCCCGGUAAAGGUCAUCCACGUGGACAGCGGAAAGAUCCUGACCGGGAUGGAGGCGCCGAAGGCCGGGCAGCUGGAUGCCUGGCUGGAAAUGAACCCGGGAUACGAAGUGGCGCCGCGCUCAGACAGCGAAGACAGCAGCUCCGAAGAAGAGGAGGAGGAGGAGGAGGAGGAGGAGGAGGAGCAGCCACAUGCCUCCGCGGCUCCAGCAGAGGAGAAGAAGAAGAUCCCCGACCCCGACAGCGAAGACGUGUCUGAGGUGGACGUCCAGCACAUCAUCGAACAUGCCAAGCAGGACGUCGAUGACGAGUACGGUAACGCAAGCUUUAACCGCGGCCUGCAGUCCUACUACGCUGUGGCUCACGCCGUCACUGAGAAGGUGGACAAACAGUCGACGCUGCUGGUCAACGGGCAGCUCAAGCAAUACCAGAUCAAAGGUUUGGAGUGGCUGGUGUCGCUUUACAACAACAACUUGAACGGCAUCCUGGCAGAUGAGAUGGGUCUCGGGAAAACGAUCCAGACCAUCGCCCUCAUCACUUACCUCAUGGAGUACAAGCGCCUCAACGGGCCCUUCCUCAUCAUCGUACCUCUCUCAACUCUAUCAAACUGGGUCUAUGAGUUUGAUAAGUGGGCUCCGUCUGUCGUCAAAGUCUCCUACAAGGGGUCUCCGGCUGCUCGUCGUGCAUUCGUUCCCAUCUUGCGCAGCGGCAAGUUUAACGUGCUGCUCACCACAUACGAGUACAUCAUAAAAGACAAGCAGGUGUUAGCAAAGCUCCGCUGGAAGUACAUGAUCGUGGACGAAGGUCACCGUAUGAAGAACCACCACUGUAAGCUGACGCAGGUCUUAAACACUCACUACUUGGCGCCACGCCGUCUGCUGCUCACGGGCACGCCGCUGCAAAACAAACUACCUGAGCUCUGCCUGCUCAACUUCCUCCUGCCCACCAUCUUCAAGAGCUGCAGCACAUUCGAGCAGUGGUUCAACGCCCCCUUCGCCAUGACCGGAGAGAAGGUUGACCUGAAUGAAGAAGAGACGAUCCUGAUCAUUCGACGUUUACACAAAGUGCUCAGGCCGUUCCUGCUGCGCCGACUCAAGAAAGAGGUCGAGGCCCAGCUGCCCCGAGAAGGUCAGUGCGUGGAAUAUGUGAUCAAGUGCGACAUGUCGGCUCUGCAGCGGGUUUUGUACAGACACAUGCAGGCGAAGGGAGUCCUGCUCACAGACGGGUCAGAAAAAGACAAAAAGGGUAAAGGUGGAACGAAGACACUGAUGAACACUAUCAUGCAACUGAGAAAAAUUUGCAACCACCCCUACAUGUUCCAGCACAUCGAGGAGUCUUUCUCCGAACAUCUCGGCUACUCUGGUGGGAUCGUCUCUGGCCCCGACCUGUACCGCUCCUCUGGGAAGUUUGAGCUGCUGGAUCGCAUCCUGCCCAAACUGAGGGCCACCAACCACAAAGUGCUGCUCUUCUGUCAGAUGACCUCACUCAUGACCAUCAUGGAGGAUUACUUUGCAUACAGGAACUUCAAGUACCUGCGUCUGGAUGGAACCACGAAGGCAGAGGACCGCGGCAUGCUGCUGAAGACGUUCAAUGACCCGGCCUCCGAGUACUUCGUGUUCCUGCUCAGCACCAGAGCCGGAGGUCUGGGCCUCAACCUGCAGUCUGCCGACACCGUCAUCAUCUUCGACAGCGACUGGAACCCACAUCAGGACCUGCAGGCUCAGGACAGAGCCCACCGUAUCGGUCAGCAGAACGAGGUGCGCGUGCUCCGCCUCUGCACCGUCAACAGCGUGGAGGAGAAGAUCCUGGCGGCCGCCAAGUACAAGCUGAACGUGGACCAGAAGGUCAUCCAGGCCGGCAUGUUCGACCAGAAGUCCUCGGGCUGCGAGCGGCGGGCCUUCUUGCAGGCCAUCCUGGAGCACGAGGAGCAGGACGAGGAGGAAGACGAAGUGCCGGACGACGAGACGGUCAAUCAGAUGAUCGCCAGAAGUGAAGAGGAGUUCGAGCAGUUUAUGCGUAUGGAUUUGGACAGACGCCGCGAGGAGGCACGCAACCCCAAGAGGAAGCCCCGUCUGAUGGAGGAGGACGAUAUGCCGAGCUGGAUCCUGAAAGACGACGCUGAGGUCGAGAGGCUAACCUGCGAAGAGGAGGAGGAGAAGAUGUUUGGCAGAGGAUCCCGCCAACGCAAGGAAGUGGACUACAGCGACUCGCUCACCGAGAAACAGUGGCUCAAGGCCAUCGAAGAGGGAAAUCUGGAGGACAUCGAAGAGGAAGUGCGCCACAAAAAGACGACCAGAAAGCGCAAGAGAGACCGUGACCACGACGGCGGGCCGGCCACGCCCAGCUCCAGCAGCGGCCGGGGGCGGGACAAAGACGAGGAGGUGAAGAAGGCGAAGAAACGCGGUCGCCCGCCUGCUGAGAAGCUGUCCCCGAACCCGCUGUCCCUCACCAAGAAGAUGAAGAAGAUCGUCGAUGCCGUCAUCAAAUACAAGGACGGUAACGGACGACAGCUGAGUGAAGUCUUCAUCCAGCUGCCGUCUCGCAAAGAGCUGCCCGAAUACUACGAGCUCAUCCGAAAGCCAGUGGACUUCAGAAAGAUCAAGGAGCGGAUCCGCAGCCAUAAGUACCGCAGCCUGAACGACCUGGAGAAGGACGUGAUGCUGCUGUGUCAAAAUGCCCAAACUUUCAACCUGGAGGGGUCUCUGAUCUACGAGGACUCCAUCGUGCUGCAGUCUGUCUUCACCAGCGUGAGACAGAAGAUUGAGAAGGACGACGAGAGCGAAGGAGAGGACAGCGAGGAAGAGGAGGAGGACGUAGACGAAGGCUCUGAGUCCGAAUCUCGUUCGGUGAAGGUGAAGAUCAAACUGAGCCGGAAAGAGAAAGGAGAGCGAGGAGGAAAAGGUCAACGACGGCGCGGCCGCGGCGCCCGCGCUAAACCUGUGGUGAGCGACGAUGACAGCGAGGACGAACAGGAAGAGGAGCGCUCGGCCAGUGGCAGCGAGGAGGACUGAAGUGAACCACUCCUGAUGGGACCAACGGCCCACUGAGCCCCUUGACUGGACUUUAUAUAUUUUACUUAGAUACAGCAGGGAGAAAGUCGGUGGAAAAGGCCUAGUUUUACCUAGAUGAGCUGAUUUUUAGUGAGACAAUUGUAUUCUCAUUAAAGUAUACCAUUAAUUAAAAACCAAUUAAAAAAAUGAAAUAAAAUUUGAAAGCUAUGAACCAUUCACUUCCAUAUUUAAACCAUUUUCCCUGUAUGAAUAGUAGUGUCUCUUUGCCUUUUUUUUUGUUUUCUCCUGUAAGUGGAAAAUUGACAGAGCCUGAACCUAUAGACUGAUCGUGGGCCAUAAAGACAGCUAACUGUUCUUUUUUUAAGUGGUAUUAAUUUUGUCGUCUUUUACGUUAAGACAAAGCGUACAUGUGAACCAGGAGUCACUACGUCCCCUGAAGUCCCCCCUUUUUGAAUGCAUGUCGUGCGUGUCUGUGGAAAUGCACCUGGAUGUGUCUUCGCUAUUAUCUCUGUGUUUAAUUUAAGACUACAAGCGGGAUCACGGUACAUCCCACCCUGCAGCCCCUCCCUCUCAGGUUGUGUAUGUAACGGGGGAGGGAGGGAUCGGACCAUUUUCUCGUGUCGGUGUCACUGGAUUCCAAAAAGUACAAUAAAGGCAUCUCAUAAUUAA